AUGAUAUUUAUAAAAGGCACACCUGAUGAACCUAAAUGUAGAUAUUCAAGAGAUUUAAUUGACUUGUUAAGAAAAAAUCAUAUCAGAUUUGGAUUUUUUAACGUCUUAAGAAAUCCCUUUUUUAAGGAAGAAUUAAAAAGAUUUGCGGAUUGGCCCACUUUCCCACUAGUUUAUCUUAAUGGAGAGUUUCAAGGCGGAUUAGAUAUUAUUAUAGAAAAAUUAGAUGAAGAUCCAAUGUAUUUUCAAAAAAAAAUAUGA